AUGAAGUGGUUCCACAUCAUCUGCCUGUUGGUGCUUUUGAUCGGCCUCGUCGCCGCCGUCGAAAAGCCUGAGUCUGGAGACGCUCUUCAAGCUUCCUCCUCCGCCGUCGGAGCCGUAAGUUUUUGGCAUGGCAUUUUGUAGGGUCUGGAGGAUUAGAAAAGCAUUUUACAGUUUUUGCUGGGGCAAGAUGUAAAAAUAAUAACGCAUAGUAGUCGUUGAAGUCGCUUGUAAUUACUUAUUUGGGCUUUCAAAUGAUCCUAGACAUAGGUUUUGACGAUAUUAAAGAUACGAAGCUUCUGAUAUAUGCUUCUUUUGGCUUUAUAAAUUCCAGUCCAGCGAAUAAAACUACAUUUUUGUACAUUAUUUACCCUUACAUCCUGAAAUAAUGAUCACACUUCCAAUAUCAUUUAAACACACCUCUGAUUUUCCCCAAAUUUCAGUCCGAAGUCGCCACCGACCGUGCCGCCCGCGCCGCCGCUGGCCGCAGACGCCGCCACCGCAGAAGACAUGGACGCAAGCACCGUCGCGGACGCAAACACCGCCGCGGACGCAAGCACCGCAGAGGACGCAAACACCGCGGUUAA